AUGAUGAUCAACAAGAAGCUAAACUUGUCAUUGAAAUUAAAUAAGUCCUUGAGUAACGUUGAUAGUGGUCCUUUCACUCCUUUGGAUCAAACACUCAAGACCCCUAUAGAUCCGCCUAAUCAACAGCAGCAGUUUAAUUUUUCACAAAAUUCUUCAACCAAUGGGUCUAUUUACUCUCAUCCAAACUACAAUGAAAGUGACGACAUAUUAACCGACUCAGAUGACCCACCAGGAGCAUCCUUGAAGAUGGCUAAAAAUUACACGCUUAACUUCACACCGUCAUUUGAUCAGCUUGUCAUGUCAAUAUAUUCUUACAUCUUGUCAUUGCCAACUACUACACCUUUCCUGGGAACAACCCCUCCUAGCGGUUUAGUGAGUAAGGUAGCACAUGAAACCAUGACUAGUUUAAUAUCGAACACGUCCUCUAAUGGGUUUCCUCCAUAUGAUUAUCAAAGUGUGAUUAGCAAUGAUUACUUAAGAAAUGGACAUUUUCAGCCCAUAUUUUUACAAUUAAUUAGAAAGAGAUUGAUAGAUUUAUGCACUUUCAGUAGUAGCUCAAAUGGAAAAUUACCGAAGUCAACUACUAUAUCACUUUCGCUGUCUGGAAACGGGAACAAUAAUCUUAGACAAUCAUCUAUUUCGAAUUUGUCUAUGACUGAACUUAACAUAUCGAAUUACAAUCAAAAUCCUCAGAAUCCUCAGAAUCAAAAUAGAUCAAGAUCUUCCUCGAUGAGCUUGCGAAAGCAAUCACUCACUCGAAAUAAUUCUUAUACUGGAAAUAACUGGUUACAUGUCGGCAAUUUGAAUAACAUAAGACCCCCUUAUGUAACUGAGAAUCAAAAUAAUAGUAGUGACCUGUUGCAAUCUAUGCAAGAUUUUGUUCCUCAAGCGUUAAUUAAUAAAUCUGCAAAUCCAAAUCCAAACUAUCCAAACUAUAAUUCUUCGACAACACCCACAAUAUCAUCUAGUGGCUUCAAUUCUAUGAUGAUGGACUAUCAAACGCCUCCAAGCUCGACCAAAAGUUCUCUUUCAAGCGUUACACCACCUCAAAAUAUCCAGAUUGUUCACACGGCGAAUGCCCCGGAAAUAGAUGAAAUUAACUUUCAGCUGCUUCAACAAAGACAAGGACUUCAAUGUAGGAACAGUUUGUUCCCCAAUCCUUUAACUAUCAACACAGAGAGUGCUAACACGCCGUUUAACAUGAUGAAUGGAGGUCAAACGACUAAUGCUGGUCUCGAAUCGCCUUUCAUGUCCGCGACAACUCCCUCAGACGAUUAUGGUUAUUUUUCUGGUGCAAUUCUGGGUCAAAUUGCACAAAAUUCAACUGAGACUUUGACGCAGGAAGAUAAUGCUUCAGAUCCAAGGAUUAACUUACCUUCUCAAUAUAGCCUAAGUGAGAAAAAGAGAGAUUCUUUGAAAAUGAAGAGGGGUAUUCAUUAA